AUGGCUUUACCUUGGAUCUUUGCAGUUCGGUUCGCCCAAAUACUUUUUGGCCUAAUCGUUUUAGCCUUGACUGCAUAUGUGGUGAGCACCUUCAACGGCUGGUCUUACUCCAGUACCGUGGAUUUCAACCUGUUCCUGGCCUGUUGGACAACCUUUUUGGCCGCUCCUUACCUGGCUGCCGCGCCCAUCUACGCACCACAUCUCGCCCACCGUUAUGUCAUCCCAGCCGUGGAGGUGAUCACAAUGAUCUUUUGGUUCGCCGCAUUCAUCGCCAUGGGUGCUGAACUACCCCCCGCGGCCGGCUGUACCUGGAGUACCUGUCGCGCGCUUCAGGCAGUGACGGUAUUUGGUUCCUUUGAAUGGGCGCUUUUCGUCAUAACCACUUAUUUUGCCGUGGUCGAUCUCAUGAACCACCGUAGCAGCGGGGAGACUGCCCAAAAGACGCAUAAUGCCCACCUGGGAGUCUAG